UUAUGAAGGGAGGGAGAGUAUGUUAGCGUAGUUAACCCUGAGGGGGGCUGUGUGUAGGAAUUACUCAUUUCUCACACCAACACCGGCACAUCUGUGCGCGUCUAUGUCACCACCGGACGGGUUUCUAAGUCCAUGGAUAAAAAGGAACAGGAGGCAGUAGAAUGGUUGUUGUGGGAGCGAGUAACGGUAGCUUCGGCGGUGGCAACAUGAGGUCGUCGUUCAUAGAGGACAGGGUCGGCGGUGAAGUUCCCGGGGGCUCCACCAACAUGAUGAUCUCGGAGGCUCUUGCACCCCGGCUGCUGAUGAUUGCACAGGGCGCCGCAGAGGCUGCAGCAGCAGCGGCAGCAGUGACUUCUCCGUCCACCUCCAGUCAGCCGGAGGUCAUGGAGAGUAACGGGACCCGGUGCGGCGAGCAAAUUUUGAGCUAUGGCCGGGUGGAGAAAGUCCUGAUCGGCGGGGUCCUUACCAUGCUCACGCUGUCCACCAUCUGUGGAAACUUAUUGGUGGUCAUCUCCGUGUGUUUCGUAAAGAAGCUCCGCCAGCCAUCCAACUAUCUGAUCGUUUCUCUGGCCAUGGCGGACCUGUCAGUUGCGCUGGCCGUGAUGCCGUUCGUCAGCAUCACGGACCUGAUUGGGGGUCAGUGGAUAUUUGGACAGUUCUUUUGUAACGUUUUUAUCGCCAUGGAUGUGAUGUGCUGCACCGCGUCCAUUAUGAGCUUGUGCGUUAUAAGCAUUGACAGGUAUCUGGGAAUCACUAAACCCUUGACAUAUCCUGUCCGACAAAACGGUUGCUGCAUGGCCAAAAUGAUUCUGUCAGUGUGGCUCCUCUCUGCCUCCAUCACCCUCCCUCCCCUGUUCGGAUGGGCGCAGAACGUCAAUGACGGCAGAGUCUGCCUUAUCAGCCAGGACUUCGGCUACACUGUCUACUCCACAGCUGUAGCUUUCUACAUCCCCAUGUCUGUGAUGUUGAUCAUGUACUAUAGGAUAUUCCGGGCAGCCAAACUCAGUGCCGCUAAGCACAACAUCACCGGUUUUCCAAGGGUCGGGGAGCAGGGUGCAGGGGCAGGUCCCCGAGGGGGAAGAGGAGGGCAUGAAGUUCACCAGUCCACAGUGUCGGAGGAAACAGGAAGUGUUGAAGGGACAGAGGCUGAGAUUGAGGAAGAGGAGAGCCUGGACUGUGUGGCAGCUGCACUGAAGCUGCAGCGUGAAGUGGAGGAGGAAUGCAGCACCCGCGUUUCACGCCUCCUCAAGACUGGCGAACACCACCAACGCCGGAAGAGGAAGAACCAGUCCAUCUUCAAGCGGGAGCAGAAGGCGGCUGCCACUUUGGGCAUCGUGGUGGGUGCUUUUACCUUCUGCUGGUUGCCGUUCUUCCUGGUGUCCACUGCCAGGCCGUUUGUCUGCGGCGUUGAGUGCAGCUGUGUUCCUCUCUGGCUUGAAAGAACUCUCUUGUGGCUGGGGUACGCCAACUCCCUCAUUAAUCCCUUCAUUUAUGCUUUUUUCAACCGGGAUCUGAGGACCACCUACAGCAACCUCCUGCGGUGCCGCUACAGGAACAUCAAUCGGAAACUGUCUGCGGCUGGCAUGCACGAGGCUCUGAAGCUGGUGGAGAAGCCAGACACUGAUGUUUGUAAGAUGUAGGUCAUCAACAUAGCUGCAGUCUGAUGGAGAUGACCAUGAGGGAAAAUGUCCAUUGGGGCUCAGUCUGUGGCACAAGGUCACCACACUGCCAGGCUUGUUAUUUCCCCAAAUUUGUAUGAUGAUUGCUAAGAUGAGAUGAGUUCUGUGAUCAAAUGGACGCACAGGAAGUUAAACAGAAGACAAUUAUUUUUUAGAGGGACUAAAAAUAAUUGAGGGAAAGUUAAACUCACUGAUGAUUUGCUGCUGUGACAGUGCACUUACAACUACUGAACGUUUACUACACCCGUUGUGAGGUCCAACAAUUGUAACGGUAGUUGAUAACUUUGUACAUUUGAAUCAGACGGCCACCACGCUGAACAGUCUUGUGCAUAUUAUUUUGUUACAAAAGUCGGUGCACACACUGGCUUUGUACUCACAUUUCCACAGCCUGUGUCUUGUAUUUCCACAGUAAGCCAAGGAAAACGUUUGCCUCUCAAACAAAAACAGCGAAUUCCUCUUAAUGAGGCUAUUAACACCAGUGGUCUUAACCUUGGUCCCAGAUUGUCGAAGGGACACCUUUCACUGCUUCUAGAUGUUGAGUUUGCUUCUAUGGACAAUCUUAAUAACCAGCGGAUGUGGAAAUACAACUUGAACUCAACUGACAUGUAAAAUGUGUACACAAGUCAAGCCACACUGUUUCUUAGAGGUCAAAGUAUCUCAGCUUUAUGACCUUUUGUACCCGGUAUGACUUUUAAUCUUUUCAAGAUGCUUUUUUUGUGUGUGUCAAUAUCACAAUGUGUUGAAUGUUUCAAAACAUGGUCACUUUUCCUAAACUGAAGUCAUGCCACAACAUUGUUUUGUAAUCAGGCUGCUCAUAAAUUAACUAACAAAUGUUUUUUUUUUUUUUUUUUUUAAGAUUUGAAAGACAUUAGUGCUGAAAGUAUGAAAGAAAGAUUCUAGAGAUACAGAUGUGUAAAGAAAAAGAUCACUUUGAACAUGCCUGUGCCUUCUCGUCAGUGUUUUUGUAAGGCUGCAGGAUAUGGGAGUCUCCUUUCAAACUAUGCACCUUAUGUUUAGCAUGUGACUAAUAGUGUUUGAUACUCCCAUAGGCACUCUGAAGAGAUCAUGGCUCUUUUUCAGCCUUUUAUUUUGUAAAAAAAAGAAGAGGGAGAGUUGAGAAAACUAAGAUGGUUUAAGCCCUAACCAUGCAUAACAGCAUACUUUUCUCCUAAUUGAAGAAAAUGGAUUUUAUUUAUUUUCAGUUGUUUGUUGGUUUUCUCAAUAUGCCUGUCACUAUUAUUCAGACCCAAAGGUGAUGUUGUAACAUUAUUUCUGUUGUGUGACGUACAAAUCCUUGCAUUUCAGAAGUGUGUGCUCUUUAGUUUAUGAAAUCCUUUAAAAAUUAGAAAAAUAAGUUUCAGUUCUAAGAAUCAAAAAAAUCUUUAGUGGGGAAGGAUUUAGAAGUUUUAAUAUCAUAACCCAUUUUGAAAGUGUCUAGCAGAUGUUUCAUCUCAAAUCCCAAACAUGCACACACUUCAACAUCUGAAAAUAAUGGCAAGUCAAAAACUAGAGGAUAUUCACAACAUUACUGUGUUUGCCACUGGGAACUCACUACCACUUCCUAUAAUCUUGUAUGAUCUCAUUUGAUCUCAUGGGAAGCAGUUAAAACCAAAAAGGAAGCUGACAGGGUGCAAAGACCAACUUAACGCUUUGCAAUGAAAAACAGAAACAAGAGACGUCUGGAUGAAAAAUUGGUCAGGUUGGUAAACUUUGCCAGGAUGUUCCAUUCCAUAGGCAAAAACUAAGGAUGCGAUUGAUACUGUUUUUAAUAUAUUUCAAAAUCACCAUGUAGCUUAAUUUAUAAAUCCCAACAUGCUUAAAACUGUUUGGAAAGAUUAAGGAUGGAUCUGUAAACCCCUCACACUUUCAGAAAAUCCGGCUGCAUAUCGGUACUGAAGGUCCUGAACCAGAUUUCUCAUCCUAUUGUUAGGAGGGUUGAAAAAAACAAACAAAUAAUGCCCUGAGUCUAGCUUCAGUUGUUCAUCAUUUAACAUGAAACACAAUCAAUGUAUGCUUCUGUGCUUUAUCAGCAGUGUUUGGGUAUUUAUUUUAGCACAUACAUAUCAACAUUUAAAAAUAUAAGGUGUCAAACUUACUGUACGGAAGUGUAGUAUCUCUUAAAUCUUCAUCUUCUGCUUCUUAUAUGAUCACAGACACUAAUAGAAAAGACAAUGGUAUCUAAAAAAUGUGCCUAUUGAUCAAGGGUGAGGUUCAGGGUACAAAUGUGUUUUGAAUGUAAGAAGAACAGAAGGUGAUAGGUGAUGAAGGUGAGCCUAUUUUUAUUGAUGUUUUAAAGCUCCUCCCACAGAGAUAGGUCAACUCAGCUCAGACUUUCAUUAUGGAAAAGCGCAAGUUCAACUCCGGGGAAAUGCAUUGGAGCAGCAACAGAUUGCAUAUAAUGUUAAUGCAUAUUGAAAUUCCAAUCAGAUCAAUGGUGAGGCCCUGUCCUGUGGGAUGCCUGGAAUAAUCCCUGCCCGUAUGUUAAGUCCUUUAAACAAAGCAGCUGGGGCAUGCUAACUCCUAUUUUGGCUUUUAAUUUCUAUUAUUGGGUUUUCCAUUUGGACAGAGAUUAGAAGUGAAGACCUGUUAACUUGUAUUCCUCACAAAACACAGUAUUUUCUGUGUUCUUGAUACUUUGAGGAUAUUGAAUGAACGUCUUGUUACACUUCCUGUGUAAACACAGCCCGUGCAGCUCAAAUGUGUCCUCAUUAACUUAAGUUUGAACUGGAACAAAGUGAGAAGAAGCAACAGAGGGCAGUAAAAUCUCUUUUUGGCACUGAAUUGGCACUGUAUUUUCUGCCUUCAGUCUUUUUCUGAUCAUUAAUUAAAGCAACUGUGUGCAAGAGUUUUUUUCAAACACAAAAGGACGCACAGCUUCGUAAACACCAAGAGAUGCUGUACAUUCAGCCAAAAUAAAAUGCUGCGAUCGGCUUUGAUCAUUGGUGGGCAAUCUAACCCAAGAUGUGACGUCCAAACUGCCAAACGAAGUUCAUCCAGAGAGAAAAAUACAACCUUCAUGUCAGAAUGGUACUCAUAAUUCUCUUUGGUUUCUGGGUGCUACAAGAAUUCAUAAACUUUUGAACUUGUUUGAAGUAACUCCAGCUACACAUUUCAAAUAUAUUUUACCUGUCAUAGUUCAUGAUUUGGAAAUGUCAUACCUUUUGCCUUGUUAGCAAAGGAAUGAGUUCAUUCUACGGACUGUGAACUGAACUGAAAAAGAGAGCACUGACCUGAACUCAUUAUGGUUUUCAGCUCCAUUCCCUGUCAUACAGUAGCAAAGAGUGUUUGCUACAUGAGCAGGGGCCCAUCUUUCCAAAACUGCAUCAAAAAUAGUCCCAUCCAGAUGUAGAACUUGUCAAGAUCUAUAUUUUAAAUGCGGACACUGGUGAUAUUUGAGCUGACAUGAGUACAAACAAGAAGCUGGAGGAUAACAUGAUUAAAACCCAGUUGGUCUUACUGGGUUAUGGAAACAGUUCUUUAUGGGACUUUAUUGAUUGCGCAUGAGCUGCUACACAGAGAAGAGAGGAGAGAUGAUUAAAAGGUGAAUCAAGGAUAGAAGCUCCCUCCCUGCAUUCAGCGGUUGUCAGCUGCAUCUCAGCCACAGACAGGCUGACAGGUGUGACCAGAUGUUCCCUUCCCUUUGACAAGAAGAGAGUUAAAAAGCCUGUCUCCCUCGAUGCAGUCUCCUGGGUGAGCAGCCCCUAAAACACUCCACAUAAAUGUCUCUGAUCAAAGAAGGCGUCUUUUCUGAUAAUAGCUUCUAACAGAACCAAACAAGCUCAAUCUUUUUUUUGGUUUCACUCACACUUACCGGUUUCCUGGUUUUAUAUAUAGGAUGUGUGUUUUGCUUUUUCACAGCUCAUUCACUGGAGCUUUCAAAGACGUUUGAAGGGGCGAGUGCAAAGCCUGUAUCACCAAUAUGAUGACAUUCAGUCAUUCCUUAUUUAAAGCUAAAAUGAGGGAUUUUUAGCUGGUUAUGAAUUGGUGUGAAAUUAAUACAGAUGUCUCUUUGUGACCUACUGAACCAUAAAAUACCACCGGCAACAAGAUUGACUAUUUCUAUUUUGUAACUUUGAAUGCCUUUAAACGUGGAUGAGGGGUAGGUGUCAAAUGAGAUUGUUUGCAAUACGCUGAAGGCACUGCCUUUUUUUUGGUUUACAUUUUACAAAUCAAAUAUUCACAAUUAGUGAUACAUUUGACACAAAAAAGAAAGCAGGAUGGCAUUUUAAGUUAGACACACUACUUACACAGGUACAAGAAAAGAUCAGUAAUGAAAUAAGAUGUGCUACUUUUUGUCCACAGGGGGCGCCAAAUCAAUACAAAUAAAAAGUUCCUCAUAGGAUCUUUAAAGACACAGUGACAGUGGGUCAGGGCCUCCAAAAGAUUUGCAAGGGAGGUUGUGAGAUAAUAAACAAGACGGGAAAAAUAGACUAAUCAGAUUUUCAAUAAAACAUUUUCCCUUUUCCUAAUGUGUACUAUACUUUUUACUUUUUUGUGUGUGUAACUGUACGUUGUAUGUUCAAAAUAAUUGUCAAGACAUUAAAGAGUUUUUAAUAUUUAUUUGGUUGAACUGGUCACAACGGACGUGUAUAUAUUUGUGAAAGCUGUGCUUCAAGUGGGUCACAAGUUAGUUGGUCACAGGUCAAUAAGGUUGGGAAUCACUGGUAUAGGAGAUCUGUGUCAAUGGCAGCUAAAAAAGACACACCAACCAAAGAUCGAUCAUUAUGGCACAGAUGUGAUGGCUAUCAAACAAAAGGCUUCCUCUCAAUAAAUUAUUCAUUUGAGGAACUUGCCUACAAAAAACUCUUGACUGUUAAAAUGAAACAUGGAGGGUAAUGAUGAUAUUCGUAAAAGGAUAACAAGUACUGACAAACAAAAAGUGACUUAUACUGAGUGCUGUUUGCUUCUGAAAGCUGUAAGCAGUGUUACAGAAAUGCUUGACAUUUCAACAUUUGUGCCAACAGAUGCUCACCGCGUUGAGUAUGUCGUAACAAUAAGAGCAUUUUUGUCCAGAAAGGCCACAUGAACCAUGUUGUAGUCCCGAUCAGUGCAUUCAAUCACCAUUUUAUAAUGCACUUGUACCAAAGGGGAUGUUCUGUACUGGGAUUAGACAAACAACAUCGCCCUUAAUACAGAGAAGCCGUUGGGGGGUAACAAUGCUUUUGUAUAAUAUUAACCACCACAUGUAUUUUCUUUUGAAAGUGCUGUACUGUAUAUAUUGUGAUAAAAACAGGAGAAAAUAGGAAGGUGACAAUAUAUCUCCCUUGUGAUCAAAGUAGUUGGGCUUGACAACCCACAAAGCAUUGCAAGACAGGCUCCAAUCGAUUUAUGUGCACAGACGCAUUUCAUUGUUAACCAAUCGAAAUCACAGAAUCCUUGUGUAAUUACAACAAAGAAUUCCUGUGGACGAGACUGUCAAGUGUUGUUACUGUUGUUUUGGUUAAACCUUGUUGUUGAAGUUAUAAAACAUGUUCCCGUUUUUACUUGAACAGCAGGUUUUCAAUAAGCUUUUGGAGACCGUUUGAUCAGCAGAUUGGUCAUGAAACAUGUUCAAACAAAACCUUAGAAAUAUGAAAGAAGAACUGAGAACAAACAAGAACAGAUUUCACGGUUUAAGAUCAUCUGCUAUAAGGUCCAAGUGUUUUCUCAUCAGACAACACUGAUGAAAAUGUGAUUCUCUUUUGUUUCAAAUGUAAAUAAUUUCACUUAAAAAAUGCAUUAACUCAGAUUUUUUUGUCAGUGUGAAUACAUUCUUUGUGAAGACUUACUGUUCCAAUCACCACCCUAAGAUGGCACAUACACAUGGAAAUGGAGA